AUGGGUGGCGGAAUCGAUUUCAAGCACGGAGGCUGGGCUGGUACCUGGGGUGAUGGCAACUACUUCCCCCAGAAGGGCAUCGCAUCCUACACUCUCUCGCCCAACCGCCAGCGCCUUUUCCCUCACUUCUGGCACACUGCUGUCUUCAACACUUUCCGCCGCUUCCGCCACCAGGUUCUCUACGUUGCUCCUCCGUUCCUGAUCGCUUAUUCUCUGAUGGACUGGGCUACUGAGCGUAACGAGUACCUGAACUCCAAGCCCGGUCGCGCCGAGGCUUCCGAAUAA